GGAUGGAUGAACCUUUGAGGAUCGCCGUUGGCUGCGGCUGGGAUGUUUUGCCGUGGAGGAGUGCUGAGCAGGUAUAAGAAGAGUGCGGGUGACCCUGAGAGUGAAUUUGUUUGUGCUGUUUGCUUACUACCUACUGUAUUUUAUUAUUUUUGCUUGCGAGUUCAAUUGGAAUUAUCUCUUUCCAUCUCCCUCCCUCACUCACUCAAUCUCUCUCUCUCUCUCUCACUCGCAACAUCCCAAACUCCUCCGUCUCCCAUCCAAAUCUAUCAUCCUCCAAUUUAUCAAACCGAGUUCUGAUAGUCAGAAAAUUCGAUCGGAUUACGAUCAAACAAAUACAUCCAUCUAUCCAUCUAUCCAUACACCUCCCAACCCACCAAAUCUGAAAACAUGGUCGCCGCCACAAACCCCCGCACCACCCUCCACCCAGCCAUGAUCCGUCAACCACCCGCUGCCUACAACGCCAAAGGUCAAGAUUUUGAAAUGAGAGAACCUUCCAAACACGCCACCAUGUCCAUGUCACCCACCCCCACCGGCACCCUCUCCCGCACCAGCAGCAGCGAAUCGCACGUAUCGGGCAGCGCACACGCCGCAGGAAGCGUACCCGUACACCAGAGAGGUGGCGGAGGAAACGGAGGAUUGUGCUGUGGAAUUUGUGCCGGAUUGGCUUGUUUUGAAUGUUUGGAGUGUUGUUGCUAGUGUGAGAGAGCGGGACGCGGAGAGAUAGAGAGAGAGAGAGAGAGAGCACGUUGAGGUUAUUUUUCUUGGGGUUUGGGGGUUUGGACGGGGCGGGGAGUUGCUUCACUUGUGAUGGAUGGGUUACGCAGGGUAGCUUGCUUAUGACUUUAUGAAAUGAAUUUUGGAUUUUUUAAUUGGUACUUCUUUGUGUGAAAUGAUGAAAUCCUGUAAGAACUACUA